AUGGAUCACGCCGUGAGCGACGACCAGCUGGGGAUGGAGCUGGAGCUGGAGCAGAAACCAUCGACCAUCGACGUCGACGCCGACAUCGAGAAGAGAAGCGACCAGCCUCUUCACACCAAUGUUCCGCUUUUGUUGUCCGAACUCGAUUGGGACUCGCCAGAAGAUCCAGAUAACCCGAGGAAUUGGGGCUCCUCAAAGAAAAUCUACCAUUUAGUUUGCAUCUCACUAUGCGCUUUUACCACAACCUAUCUGUCCUCCGCAUGGGCGAGCGGCGCAGUCCCGGCCGCAAAGGAAUACAACGUCUCAGAAACGGUUUCACUACUCGGAGUCUCGCUCUUUUGCGUCGGUCUUUCCCUCGGUCCUGUCAUUGGCAGUCCAGUAAGCGAACAAUACGGUCGGCUGCCUGUAUAUCGCUGGAGUCUCCCGCUGGGCGGGCUCUUCAUCAUCGGAUGCGCCGUGUCGAAGAAUAUGGCCAGCAUUCUGGUCUGUCGCUUUUUCGCCGGGCUCUUUUGCAGUCCCUGUCUGAGCAUUGGCGGCGGCUCAAUCACCGAUAUGUAUCUGCCCAGUAAAAUGGGACGCGCCACGUCGGGCUUCCUGGUUUCUCCCUUCCUCGGCCCUUGUAUAGCACCGGUGAUUGGCGGCUUCGUGAUCGAACACAAAUCCUGGCGAUGGUUGGAAUGGGUAGGCCUGAUUGCCACCGCUGUGACCAUUGUCUUCUCGCUCGGAAUGCAGGAGACAUACAAAACAGCUGUCUUGAAACAACGCGCCCAAAGACGCGGCCUCUGCGUAUCCGAUCACAAAGCGCCGACACUGGGUAGCCUGCGAGGGUGGAUGGCAGAUACCGUGGUACGACCCUUGAUUCUCCUGACGACCGAACCCAUCGUCACCUUUUUGAGUCUAUACAUCGGGUUCAAUUUCGCCGUCCUCUACGGAUUCUUCGCUUCGUUGCAGGUCGUCUAUUCCGAGAUCUACGGCUUCAACCCUCACAAAUCCGGCCUCGUCUUUCUGUCUUUGGCCAUCGGCCUGGGCUUAGCCACCACCACCAGCCUUUUAAUGGAUAAGUUCAUAUACCAGAAAAAGCACAGAGAGCUCACCGCGCAGGGCGUGAAGCGGAUUCCGCCAGAGCACCGUCUAUACCCGGCUAUGUUUGGCGGUUUUUGUAUCAUCAUCAGCCUGUUCUGGUUCGCUUGGACCGCUCGCUCCGACAUUUCCUGGGCCAGCCCGACCAUCGCUCUCAUACCCUUCAACUGGGGGAACCUGUGUGUUUUCACGUCUGCAGCGAUAUACUUAGUGGAUUGCUAUGGGCCUCGUUACGGUGCCUCGGCGCUGGCUGCUAACGGAUUCACCCGGUACAUGUUCGCCAUGGCCUUUCCAUUAUUCAUGGUCCAAAUGUACAACAAUCUCACCCCAAAAUGGGCGACCAGCUUGCUGGGUUUCAUCUCCAUCGCACUCGCCCCGAUACCAUGGCUUCUCUUCUGGACUGGGCCUAAAAUCCGAAGCUGGAGUCGCAUCGCAUCAAGUUUAGCCUGA